CCCGCCCGCCGCGGUCCCUCCGGAGCGGCAGGGGCGCUGUGGGGCGCGGAGCGCGCCCGCCGGGCGGGGGUUCCGCCGCCGCCGCCGCCGCCGCCGGGAGCGGAGCCGAGGGGAGCCGGCCGGGAGCGGGCCGGGGCCGGGCCGCAGUUUUGCCUUCCCCUCGUGCUGGCUUCCCUCCCUGCGAUGGCUACAGGUGAAGAGAUCGUGCCUGCCCUGCAGGACUCAUGGGGGGACUUCUGGCUCUUCCGUUUCUUUGUUAAUGCUGCUGGCUAUGCGAGUAUUGUGGUACCGGGCUUCCUCCUCAUCCAGUACUUCAAGAGAAGGAACUACUUGGAGACAGGCCGAGGCAUUUGCUUCCCUGUCAUCAAGUCCUGUGUGUUUGGCUCUGAGGUGAAGUCUGUACAUCAGGACGAUGGCUCACUGCCACUGCGAGCAGAGCCCACAGAGUCCUCCACAGCCCGACAGGUCUUCAAGCUGCUCUUCUGUGCUGCUGGUCUACAGGCUUCCUACCUCACAUGGGGUGUCCUCCAGGAGCGUGUGAUGACGAGAACCUAUGGUGCCACUGAAACAGACCCUGGUGAGAAAUUCAAGGACUCCCAAUUCCUCGUGUUCAUGAACCGCAUCCUGGCCUUCACAGUGGCUGGUCUGUACUGCGCCCUGACCAAGCAGCCACGCCACGGGGCUCCUAUGUACAAAUACUCCUUUGCCUCCCUCUCCAACAUCCUCAGCAGCUGGUGUCAGUAUGAGGCACUCAAAUACAUCAGCUUCCCCACCCAAGUGCUGGCCAAGGCCUCCAAGGUGAUCCCGGUGAUGAUGAUGGGCAAACUGGUGUCACGCAAGAGUUACGAGUACUGGGAGUACCUGACUGCUGCCCUCAUCUCCGUGGGGGUCAGCAUGUUCCUGCUCUCCAGUGCUCCUAACAGGACGGUGUCCACUGUCACCACGUUCUCUGGCAUAGUGCUCCUGGCUGGCUACAUCAUCUUCGACAGCUUCACCUCCAACUGGCAGGACGCUCUCUUCACCUACAAGAUGUCUCCCGUGCAGAUGAUGUUUGGCGUCAAUGUCUUCUCCUGCCUUUUCACCGUGGGCUCGCUCUUGGAGCAGGGUGCCUUGCUGGAGUCGCUGCGCUUCAUGGCCCGCCACUCGGAGUUCACCGCCCACGCCGUGCUGCUCUCCGUGUGCUCUGCCUGUGGCCAGCUCUUCAUCUUCUACACCAUCAACCAGUUUGGGGCAGCUGUCUUCACCAUCAUCAUGACGCUGCGACAGGCCUUUGCCAUCCUCCUCUCCUGCCUCAUCUAUGGGCACACCGUCACUGUUGUGGGUGGGCUGGGCAUCGCCGUUGUCUUCAUGGCCCUCUUUCUCCGUGUCUACGCCCGCAGCCGCAUGAAGAAGCGCAGUAAGAAGCUCCCACCAGGCGAGAGCCCUGUACAAAAGGUCUAAGGAAGCUGAGGCCAUGGCAUUUAAGCCAUGCCCGCUGUCCUGCCUCUGCUCGAGGGUAUUUGCUUGAUUUCUCAGAACCCACUGAGGAGAAGAGUGGGGUAUGGAUAGGCAGGACCAGUGACUCAGUUUUCCACAUGCUUUUCCUGGGAAAGGGGCUGGAACAAGCCCAGGAAAUGCACUGGGCUGACGCAGCUCCAAACCUUUCCAUUUGCCUUAAUAGGUUAAAGACUUACAGCCAAGGCACAGGGCUGGGGGCACACCAGCAUGGGGCUGCUGGUAUUCCUGCCUUCCUGUCCUCUGUCUUGUGGCUUCUCCCCCAAAGUCACUGAUGAACAAGGGAACUCUUCCCUGGCACUGUCUUGCCUCUGGCUAAUGCUCCUCCAUUUCUGUUGGUACUACAGAGCUUGGCAGGAGGAAAGGGCAAGUGAAACACUAGGUUUCUUUUUGAAACACCUCUGAGUGAGGCAUCUCAAGCUGAGCCCAUCAAAGGGUGGGGAAUGCUCUUCCUCCAUUCCAGGAGGGGCUCUGGGUAGUACAGGCACAGCCAAGGGAAGGACUCCCAGCCUGUCCUACUCCCAGCCUGGGAUCUGUUCUGGGAGGGCACUGCAGUGAAAGGCAGUACCUCCCAGUUUGGUUUUAUCAAUUCUUUGCCCCUGCUCCAAGACACUUUUCUUUGCUCCCCUCAGCCCAGGCUGAUUUUUAUGCAGCACCUGAGCUGGACAGUUCCAAGGCUUGCCGAGUCCUUCGAGGUUGCUUUUUAGCUACAUCUGCUGCUGUAACGGGCCGAAGGCUGCACUGCCCAGAAGCCCCAGAACCACCUCGGGGUCCCUCCGUGCCGCGCUGUCUGGGUUUUGUGGUUGCCAUUCAGACAAGCACAAACAACCCCACUGUUUCCUGCUGCCUGGAGGCACUGGCCCUGGUUCUCCCAGGGGCUGGCCACAAUCCGUGCCUGGAGGGUUGGGACAUGGGGCAGAGCCCGCUUGCGGUGCCUUGUUCCUGCUCCACGGUCAGCAGGGGAUGGAGCAGUGAAAGCUGUUCUUCCCCAGGAGCCUGGGUUUUACUGGUCGGUCCUUUUCCCGUCAACACAACCUGACUGACAAACCAGCAGGUUUUGGUACUUUUGAAAAGCAACUUUUUUCUCUUUUUAUUUUAUUAAAUUAAAAAUAUGCUGCAUAUAGUGCCAUGGGCGUAAA